AUGGACUUGCAUCGCAAGAACCGCCGGGAGCAACUGAAAUCCAUCAUAGACUUUGCCGAGUCGCUGCACGUCGAAACCAUCGAGAGCAAUAAUUGCGGUGAUACCGCUCAAAGCAAGCCUGACGCGCUCCGUCAUUAUAUCAAUACUGCUUUGCAAAUAACACAAGUGCCUGACCCAGCAGUCAGGGCAGAACUGGAUGCUGUGGGAACGAGGCUAUGGAAUUCGUGUACUAGAUCUAUGAGGAAAGAGGGAUUGAACGAGGGAAUUAUCAAGUGGCUAAGCCGAGGUUCGUGA